AUGUUUUCCUUCACUAUUGGCGAUAGAACAAGCACUUGGAAAUAUUUUGCUUAUCUUUAUUCUCAGAUAAAGAAGUUAACGGAUCUGGGCCUUAUGGCAGCGUCAGUUUCCGAAGACGAUGGAGGCUUAGGGCUCGACUACCUGUCUCUCGCUGUAGCCAUCGAAGAGAUCUCCCGUGGUUGCGCCAGCACUGGGAUGAUCUUGUGCAUACAUAACUUCUUAUACGUAAACUUGGUUAACGAAAAGGGCACACAAGAACAGAAGGAGCGAUUUUUAACCGAUUUUACUAAAGGUGCGAUUGGAUGUUUUGCAUUGAGUGAACCUGGAGCGGGCAGUGACGCAGCGAACAUUAAGACAAUGGCGCGCCUCGAUGGGGACUUCUGGAUUCUGAAUGGGAAGAAGAGUUGGGUGACGUCAGCCAUUGAAGGCUCCGCCGCCGCGGUCUUCGCUACGUUUGACCCUGAGCUUAAGCAUAAGGGUAUUGCGUGUUUUCUGGUCCCCCUCGACACUGAGGGAGUCUUCAGAGGGAAGAAAGAGCCUAUAAUAGGUGUCAGCAACUGUCCCAGUGUGAAGUCACUACUGACGGACGCGCGAGGUACACAAAUAUACGGGGGAGUAACGGACAUACAGAAACGACUGGUCGGCCAUUUUCUACUCAAAGAACACGACGCACUGUGAACGACCCUGCGCAAAAUAACUAGUCUUUAGCUACUCAAAAGGAUUAAGGCAGUGAUCAGAAUUAAGGGAGUUUAGUUACUUAAAGUUUGAACGUUUUAGUAAGGACAUACCUAUUUCGUGAUAUGACAAAAAAAAAUCCCGUAAAUCCAUUGACUUACAAUUAUAUGGACGUCGGGUCCGCGCUAAAAAGUG